UUGUUCUAAUGCACUGUGACUUUAUGUCAGAAAUGUGACUAUUUUAGUUGUGUUAAAAAAAUCAACAACAAAAAAACUUCAGAACAAACGGAGGGCGGAACUAGAAGAGCAAAAGCUUCAAUGCAGGGGCAGCCAAAGCGGGCAGCACAAUGAACAUCAAUGAAUAUUUUUCAAGAAUUAAUUAUAAAGAUCCCAAUGAAAAAUUAGACAUUGCAACACUAUCGCGGAUAAUGCAUCAUCACAUUAUGGCGCUUCCUUUUGAAAAUCUCAGCAUUCAUUGCCAGGAAACAAUCCAGCUGAACCUUGAGACAACUUUCCAAAAGUUAGUGAAGAAGCAAAGAGGUGGUUGGUGCACUGAGCUUAAUUACCUUCUAUUCUGGGUCCUUAAGACAAUGGGUUACAAUGUUAUAAUGCUUGCAUCAAACAUUUUCGUCCCUGCACUAGGCACAUACAACCAAUAUGCUACACACCUUAUAGUAAGAGUGGUAAUUGGAAGCAAAGCCUAUCUUGUUGAUAGCGGUUUUGGAACGUCUUCACAAAUGUUUGAGCCUCUAGAAUUCAUUUCAGGAAUGGACCAGUUUCAAAUCCCUGGAAUAUUUCGUCUUACUGAAGACAAUGGAUUUUGGUACUUAGAUAAAAUAAGGCGAAAACAGCUGAUUACAAAUGAAUUAUUUUCUGAAUCAGAACUUAUAGAUAGAAGUGAUCAUAAGCGACUCUAUUGCUUUACUCUUGAGGAGAAAACUAUAGAGUUCUUCAAGGAUACAUGCAGGUUCCUUCAAACAUCUCCAAAGUCUUUAUUUACCAACAAAUCCAUUUGCUCCCUUCAGACUGAAGAAGGCGUUAGAACUUUGGUUGGUUGGACAUACACAGAAACAAGAUAUAAUUAUAUGGAAGGUGUAGAUCUAGUAGAGUUUACAACCAUACAAGAUGAUAGCAUUCAACAAGUUUUGAGAGAACGGUUUGGAAUUGUUUUAGAAUCUAGGCUGGUUGUUAUCAAUAAUAGUGCUACAUAUAACAUUUGAAAAACACAUAAUUGAAAUCAAAUCACAGUUACAAAAACAUAAUAAUGCAUUUUUUCCUACACGUCAUAUGCUAUUCUUAUAAUUAAAGGAAUAGUCUAGUCAAAAUUAAACUUUCUUGAUUCAGAUAGAGCAUGCAAUUUUAAACAACUUUCUAAUUUUCUCUUAUUAUCAAUUUUCCUUUGUUCUCUUGGUAUCUUUUUUAUAAUUUAGCACUCCACUUGUAAUCUAGCCCUUAAUGCUUUGGUGUACAAUUCAUGGAGAAAAUGAGACAAUGCAGUUAGGCAAGUAGCUGACAAGAGUUGAUCAUAUUCCAUGAAGCUAUAGUUACAGCAUUUCAGAUGAGCUGGGCUCUUAACUUCCCCUUGCCCCCUCUUUAUAGCUUUUCUAUAGAGGAUACUACAGUGCAGUACAGUAGAGGUAGCAGUUUAAAGGGGCAAAACAACUAUUUUAAGACAAAAUAAAAGUAAAUUAGCAAUUUGUAAAUAUAAAAAAUUUGUAUGAUCAAAUGUUCUCAAUCCAAAACAGCAGGCUGCUCUCUUCAAAAUGAUGUCCUAGAAGACAAAAGAUGAAGAGGCGCCUUAU